AUGUCAAAAAAGUUAUCCACAUUAGCUGAAUCUGUCGAAGCUUUGUAUAAUUUUAGAGAUCAAUAUUUUGAAAAUCAUAGUGUAUCAGAUGCAUUUAAUAAAACAGGAGAUGUAAAAAAAUUAUUAGAAGAAACAUUAUUAAAAUUUGAAGAGAAUAAAGAUGUCGAACCUAAAGAAAGAGCACAAUAUUUUUACUUGAAGGGUAAAGCAUUAAAUGUAACUCCAAAUUACGAUCCUAAAGCGGAAGAAGCUUUAUCCAGAGCUUUAAAACUUGAUAUUAAAUUAUAUGAAGCAUGGAAUGAAUUAGGAGAAUCUUAUUGGAAAAAAGAAAAUAUAUCGGAAGCUAAAAAUUGUUUUCAAGGAGCUUUAAAACAAUGUAAAAAUAAAAAAUCUUUGAGAAAUUUAUCAAUGGUUAUGAGAAUGCAAAAACCUAUUAAAUAUGAAGAUAGAAUAAAAAAUAUUGAAGAUGGUGUUAAAUUUGCUAAAGAAGCUGUCGAAUUAGAUCCGACAGAUGGAACAUCUUGGUCCGUUUUAGGAAAUGCAUAUUUAUCAUCUUUUUUUAACUUAGCUCAAUAUCCAUCGGUUUUAAAUUUAUGUAAAUCUGCAUAUGCUCAAGCGGAAAAAGACAUUGUAGCAAAAAGUAAUCCUGAUUUAUAUUAUAAUAAAGCCAUCGUUGCAAAAUACGAAGAAGAUUAUUUAUCAGCUUUAAAUUCCUUUUCCCAAGCGAGUAAAUUAGAACCCUCAUGGCAAGAGCCUAAAUUAAAAAAAUCACAAUUAUUAAAUUAUUUAUCUAAAGUAAAUGAAUUGUAUAAGGAUAAGGGAAGGAUAAGAGUUAAAAAAUUAAGUAAAAUGUUAUCCAAUAUGAAUCCUGAUAAAAAUUUAGGGCCUUACAAGGGUGGAAAAUACAAAGCGAAAAACAGUCAAGAAAUUAAAUUAACGCAUUGUAAUUUUAACGAUUUAAAAGAAGGUUUAAACGAAGAAAAGGUUGUUCUCGGAGUUGUCGUUUGUUCGAUACAAGAUGAAGACAACGUACCAUUCACUUUCAUCAUGGUUGACAAAAAUGAAUCGACAAUAGUUGUUACAGUUUAUAAUUUGGCACAAGAAAAAGGUGUUUUAAUAGGAGAUUACGUAGCCGUACCCGAACCUUACCUAACAUUAAUUCACAUACCGUUCGAAGAUAAGGAUUAUUCAUUUAAAUCUAUAAGAAUAGUUAGUCCUCUCGUUAUGGUUGUUAAUGGUAAAAAAUUAGAUAAAUCAAAACAAAGCGGUCUUCAAUUUUCAACGUUUACACUCGCGGAUUAA